GAGAUCGUCCCAUAUCGCAAUCGCUAUACCGGCAGGACGAUCAAAGGAACUCUUGAACCCAUACCUUUUUCCAUCAACCACCGACCACAUCCACCACAGUUGAACACCAUCAAGUACAUACCAGCUGAAACAAGUACUUCGAAUCUGUCAUGGGCAACCAACAAUCAUCUACAGGGGGUACCCCCUCUUCUCCCGGCCGGUCGACCCCGGGUCACGUCUCCCCCGCCAACCAGACCGACCCAACAGGCCCCUCUUCUCAACUCGGAGCAGGUAGCGGGCAUAAUAUUAACAACUCUUCCAUCUCUUCCUCGUCGUCUCGACCACUCGCCGGCGGGGUAUCCUCCUUGUUCGGGGGGAGGGAUAGGUCCGGAUCGACUUCGUCCACCAUUGGUCGGUCCAAGUCGAAUUCCGUCUCCUUGCCCUCUCCACCGACCCCUCCAGGCCUGAUCGACGGGGGUCAUCUCCACCCUCAGGGUCUCUAUUCUCUCCGUCCGGCAGCACAGGACUAUUCUCAUCCGGUCGUCAAGGGGUUGAUCAUCGAGAAGAAGCUCGCACCGUUCUAUCGCGGGUUGGAGGAUUACGAAGACGAUUGGACGGACGAACAAGUCGGACAAGGGUUGAAGGAGGUCAGACAGGCUCAGGCAGCUCAGGCUGAACAGGAAGCGGCGGACGAGUUGGCAAAUGCUGCGGGGACGACCAUGUCCCUACCCACCGCCUCUGGUUCUUCAUCCUCCUCCUCGGCCAUCCCGGCGACGACGACGGCGGGGUCGAUAAGAAAGGGCUUGAAGAUCGCAGUCGGAGGGAAAGAUAAAAAGGAAGAAAAGGAGCGUGCGGCCGAGAGGGAGAGGAAGGAGACGAGGGCUUACAAGGGAGCGGUGGAGUGUCCGAUCUGUUUCUUGUACUACCCGCCCAACAUCAACACCUCGCGGUGCUGCGAACAACCCAUCUGUACGGAAUGUUUCAUCCAGAUCAAACGCGCCGAGGCGACCAUCACGCACCUGGAGAGCGAACCGGCGGCCUGUCCAUAUUGUAUGGAGACGGAUUUCGGGGUGAUUUACGAGGUUCAGAAGAUCGCCCGUCCAGAGACGCUCAUGGCCACCUCGCCUUCAUCGGCUGACAAUGUCGUCGACCCCCGUGCAGACGGGCAGACUCCGAGGAGAAAGAGUGUCUCGUCGAAAUCCAAAGCCGUGGUCACGAUCGAUCAGAUCAGGCCGGAUUGGGAGGACAAGUUGAACGCCGUCAAGGCGCAGGCGGCGAGGAGGGCUAGUAGGAGGAUCAUCAUGCAUCGGGUCGGUGACAGAUUGAUACCGGUCGGAUACACGUCGUCCAGGACGUCGGUACCCGGAACCGAUACGGGACCGAUCACGACCGAGAUGACACAGGAAGCGUUCCAACAGUUCAUGGCGGCCGCCGCCGGAGGACGAGGUGUACGGAGCGGGAGCGUGUCGGGAUCACCCGGCUCGGGUGGGGCGAGGAGGUCCAGCAGGCGAGGAGAGAGGGAAGGUGUGAACGACCUCGAAGAGAUGAUGUUGAUGGAGGCGAUGCGCUUGUCCAUGCUCGAACACGAAGAGCAGCAGAAGAGGGAGGCCGAGGCGAAGAGAAAGGCUGAGCAACAGCAAGGAAGUGCAGGAGAGCCCUCGACCGACGCUUCUGGAUUCCUCCAGCCUCGUCCCGCUUCCAAUACGUCCUCAUCGGCCUCGUCGAUGCGGAACGUCGGAUCGGUACCGGGUCCACAACCCGGACCUUCUGCGCUGGGGCACGUACCACAUACCGGAGGUCUCCUCGCCCAACCCGCUGAAAGCAGUCCGCUCACUGGGACCCCAAUCACCAGAUCCGAGGUCGACGUCCGGCAACCGCAACGGCCCGAUCUCAUCAACCUCGAUUCGGAUGCCGCUAUCGAUCCGGCGGCAUACAGGAGGAACUAAAGACGGUCUUUGCAAUAUAUACACGGGGCUUUUGAUCGAAACCAGGUCGUUCCCGCCCAUUUCUCCUUUCCUCUUUCUUCCAUCUCGUCCGGCAAUCUGGAGCUCUACAAACUG